AUGACCGCCCCGCCGUACAAGCAUCUUGUCGUUUUUUCGACGCAUUUCUGGGGACACUCUCGCCCCAUGUGCACGCUCGUCGCGCGCAUAGUCAAACUGCGCCCGAUCCUGGUCACCUUCCUGACCGUCCAUAGCGUACACAGUCGAGCGGUAGCAGAAGUCGCGCGGGACUUCCAGCCAGGAGAAGAACACCUCCUUAGCAGGAUAAGAGUCGUCGCAUUGGACGAGGGUACCGAAGCCGACGAGACGAGCGGCGCCCCUGGGGCCUUUAAGGCGGCUUACGACAGGCUUUGUAACGGCCAGCCCCUUAUCUGCGCGAAGACGGGGACGCGCUUCGAAGCGCUCCCUGUUCGGCCGAAUGCAGUUCUACUAGACUCCUUCGCGGUCGACGCCCACGAUAUCGUGCGUGAGACUAGUGGGGACGCGGUCAAACUGUACACUUGGUAUCCCGUCUCCACGAACUCCUUCUUCCACUAUUUUUCAGAGGACAAGUACCCCCAGGCGGAGGCGGAGGCUACACGCACAGGACGGCCGGUGUUGGAUGUUGCCUAUGAGAUGAUGUGGCGCGUUGGUGGGGCGCUGAUGCACAGCCCGUGCCUGCCGACAACACACGACUACGAAAUGCAUCCGCAGGGGUUUAGGUUCCCCAAACCGCUGGCCGCGAAUGUCAUAUUUAGGAUAGCUGGGGCUAUCAACAAAGCUGACGCACUGAUAACUUUCGACGCCGCUGACUACCAGCCCCAGGCGACCGACGCGGUUCGCCAGCACUUCGCAGAGAAGUCCCGGAAAGCGUAUUAUGCUGGCCCUCUUAUGCCGUCCGGCGCGCAGGCCAAGGAGAAGGAGAAGAUAAAUUCGGAGAACGGCGGUGAAAUCAUGGCCUUUUUGGACGAAAAGCUCAAGUCCGCAGGCGAACACUCUGUCCUAUACUUGUCUUUCGGUUCGCUUUUCUGGCCGCCCGAUCCCGCCAAGCUCUGGGCGGUACUAGACGUGCUCAUGGAGAAGAAUAUCCCAUUUGUUAUGAGCCAUGGCGCGUCAAUGGCGAGUCCGCUUCCCGACGACGUCAAGGCGAGGAUCGAGAAGUAUGGCAAUGCGAUCGUCUCUGACUGGGUCCCGCAGCAAGCCCUCCUUGAGCAUCCAGCGACGGGGUGGUAUCUUAUGCACGGCGGUCACAACGGAACCCUUGAGUCCAUCACAGCUGGCGUACCCAUGAUCGUGUGGCCGAUCGACGCCGACCAGCCGAUGAACGCCAUCUACCUCGCCGACGACAUCAACGUGGCGUACGAGCUCAUUGAGGUCCGGGGUGGCUGCGGUCUGGGCAAGAUCUUCCGCAACGGCCGCACACCCCGGGCCGUGGGGACUAUCGACGCCGUGAAAGAGGAGAUGCGCGGCGUCCUCGACCAAGCGUUCGGUCCGGACGGCGCUGAGAAACGCGCACGGCUCCAGGGCCUGAGGAUGAAGCUGCAAGCGGCAUGGGACGAGGACGGCGUCGCGCGGGGCGAGGUGUCUACGUUCUUGGAUGGAUUCUAG